GGAAAAAGAGAUCGUGUAUGGCGGGGGUCAGUGGGUCCUGCGCGCCCUUAUCUAGAGCGGACAGAGGCACAAGCCGGGACAGACUGAUUUAUCCAACAUUACUCUCCCACGUUCUCGACAUGCGUCGUUUGCCAUCAGCACGUACCAUUACUAUUAUUAAUUCUUAUUUGAGUGCCGUGGGACUAGCCGCGGGCAUCGAGUAAGUCAGAAAAAAACGACUAAUCAGACCCUGGGCUCUGCAGCCUUACUACUCUUCCUCCGUUCAUGCAAACCGACCAACCCGGCCCAUUCGAGUGACGUGGGCUGUCUGAUUUAUAUCGCGGUCAGAUACCUUGAGAACUGCUUUAGACACGCGUCCGAUUAUAGAGCGACAAUGAAUCCUGGUCCCGCCUCACAUAUAUUCCACACCCCGGCCGAGGAUGUCGUGGAUUUCGCUGCGCACGCGACCUGCGGUGAACCGCAGCUAGCCGUGAUGGACGAAGAGAACCAGGGUGCAUAUUUGUUCCCAGACUCCGCCGAUCUUGAUGCGAUCAACCAAUGUGGUAUGUUGCGCGAUGAUAAUAACUUUGCUCAAUUCGACCUCCUCGCGCCGUCUCUGUUGCACAGUUUCGUCGAUCAAGGCGUGGAUGCCGAGUGGUCGGAUUUGAAGUCUACUCUUGAUAGCCCUCAAGAUGACCUAUUCUGGAUACCCCAGCCAUCGAUCGAGUCUGGCGACAUUACUUCAGAUCUGGAUGGUUCGUCCUUGUUGGUAAGUGAUGUGGAAAUUGCUCAUGUGUCCCCGAAUCUCCCCACGCGCUCUUUCGCAGAGACGACGAAGCUGUCGCGAGAUAAGAUCCGAGUACUUAGGGAUUGGAGAAUCAUGCAUGGCGAAAUGUCCAGACCUUCUGGAUUAGAGAUGCAAAGACUUCAAAGCAUAACUCAACUGUCAGCGGAACAGAUAAAUAACUGGUUCCUUCAUUCUAAACGACGGAAUGUAGGUGUCAGCGCCCUUCGCCGGGGGACAGCUGGGACUUCUUUACAGAGCUCGCAGAUUAGCGCCGCCAGGGAUAUUCCAGAAAGGCCACUGACGCCAUCAGUGAAGAAUCUCUUUAGGUCAGAUCCAUCGCUGGAUGAUAUGUGUCCCAUGGAGAGAUGGAAAAAUUCUCCGCCAGAGCAUGAAGCCGCACUUGUCAGCGAUAUCGCAAAGGCGCUGUCACACCCGGAUCUUCCGUUCUUUCCUGAAGAGUCACAAACAAGCACUCGGUCUCCCUCUCGUGGUGACUCUGUUUCAACAAGGUCAUCGUUUAACGGAAUUUUCCCGGACCCAUCAAUAUCAUCCGUUGAUUCGGACUUGCUCGGAUCCACAGCUUGGUCUGACCACUCUGGCCAGUCCACGCAUUCAGGCAAGUCGUCAACUGAAUACCGGCGACGAUCGCGGAAGCGCCGUACAAAUUAUUUGUCGCGGGGUGGGAAUAGCCUUCGAGGCGAUGCGCCGAAGACUUUUCAAUGCACCUUCUGCACAGACUCGUUCAAGACGAAAUAUGAUUGGUCUAGACACGAAAAAUCGCUUCAUCUCGCACUUGAAUCAUGGACAUGCUCUCCGUUUGGUAGUAUUGUUGUUGAUGACACCGAGUCAGCAAGUAAAUGCGCCUACUGCAACGCAUCAUCUCCCACCGAGGACCACCUUCAAACACACCGUCACAUGGCCUGUCACGGACGCCCGGAGCCUGAAAGAACAUACUACCGCAAGGACCAUCUCAGACAGCACCUCCGACUUGUCCACGGGUGCAAGUUCAUUUCUACCAUGGAGAAUUGGAAGAGAACACCCGAAUACGUGCAAUCACGAUGCGGAUUCUGCGACGAAGUCUUGACGACAUGGAAAGCACGCACCGAACAUCUAGCGAGGCACUUUCGAUCAGGCGCAUCCAUGUCGGACUGGUCCGGUGGGUGGGGCUUUGAGCCUCACAUCGCCCGACUGAUUGAGAACAGCAUGCCGCCGUACCUAAUCCACCAUGAAAGAAGCACAAUAGUCCCGUUCAGCGGGUCCAAAACACUAUCCAACCGAAACCAGGCCGAUGAGGGAACGCCAGAAGUAUAUUCCCACCAAAUGACAUACCCAGCGAGUCGCGAUAUCCCGUUAUAUCACUGCUUUGAGCUGCAGAUUCGGAAUUAUAUCAACUCGUGUAUUGCUGAAGGCGGGAAGAUGCCUAGUGAUUCGGAGAUACAGGGGUAUGGUCGAAGCAUGGUGUACGGUGAGGAUGACCCCUGGCACCAAACAAUUGCCGAUAAUGCAGCGUGGUUGAAAGAGUUUAGAGAGCGAUAUGGAUAUAAUAAUGAUAAUGAUUGCUCGUCGCCAUUAGGAGCAGAUACAUAAUGUAUUACUACGCGGCUAAUCAAUGAAUAUAACACAAUGU